UGUUUGCUUAGUCUCGGGAGGUUAUUGAUCAUCUGAUGUUACGCAACAUCACGGGCGUCUCGGCUUCUCACUGCCACUGCACACUGUGGUUGAGCUCGUCGGGUCGGGUGUGCGCUGUCUAGUGUGCUUUUGGUUUAGAGGGACAGAAUCAUACAUAGAUGCUCUGACGGCAGUCAUUCCAAAUGAUUAAGUUGACUUUUUAGUUUGGUGCUGCAAAACUAGUAUGGCCAAAAGGUGGCGAUUGCGCAGGUAGUGCGGUUAGUGCUGCCCACCCGCACCUCUCCAAACCUCUUCAUCUGGAGUUUCAAAAACACAGCAUCGCUUAAACACGAGGAAACUGUAUUACUCUUAAAACAUGACUAUUAAUGUAACAUUUAGAUAUUUGUAAACGUCGGGUUGAUGUUUGGAGUAAUCGUGCGCAAUCCCGGAGCAGAAGCGCAGUGACGGGACCCCGUGAGCGCUUUCGGAUUUUGGCUGCUGGAAAUUGUUCAUCAUGGUGUUGGUAAAGCCCCGUAAGAAGGUGUGCGUCGACUGUGUGGCUUUUGUGUUCUGCUUGGUCUUGUGUGAGUUCGUUUGGGCGCAGAAUGACACGGAGCCCAUCGUCCUGGAGGGGAAAUGUCUGGUGGUGUGCGACUCGAACCCUGCCGACUGGAAGAGCUCGUCCUCGCCGCUCGGCAUCUCCGUGCGCGCGGCCAACUCCAAAGUGGCUUUCUCCGCGGUGAGAAGCAACAAUCACGAGCCAUCAGAGAUGAGCAAUAAGACUAGGAUCAUAUAUUUCGACCAGGUUCUUGUCAACAUAGGAAACUAUUUCACGCUGGAAUCCGUGUUCCUGUGUCCCCGGAAAGGAAUCUACAGCUUUAACUUUCACGUUAUCAAAGUUUACCAGAGCCAGACCAUCCAAGUGAAUUUAAUGUUAAAUGGAAAGCCGGUCAUUUCUGCCUUCGCCGGGGACAAAGACGUCACACGUGAAGCGGCCACCAAUGGCGUCCUCCUGCACCUCAACAAGGAAGACAAAGUUUACCUGAAGCUGGAGAAGGGCAAUCUGGUCGGCGGAUGGCAAUACUCCACCUUUUCAGGCUUUCUUAUAUUUCCCCUGUAAAACACAUGCACUAGAACCACGUCGUCUUUUCUGUCCUGCGAAACAACCGUCAUCGUGUAAGCAGCCCUGAAGGCGUCCGAAUGGAAUCAUAUCUCCAGAUCGUUCAACUGUUGUCUAAAGACUACAUUGUGACAAUGAAUUAUCUGGAGACUGCAGCGCAAUAUCUCAUCUCCCGUCAGCUGACGUUCUUCAUAAACCCUUCCCGGCAGAUUCAACGGCGGACUCAUUGUUGGUUUAGUAAGUGAUGUCAUUUAAAGUUACUGUGUUAGACGUCAGGGGACAUCCGUUAAAUAUAAUCUCGGUUAAAACUGAAAAAGUGAUUAUUGAUUUGAAUCUAGCAUCUUACGCAAACACGAGGAACAACAUUGACACUUUUUAUGUGCUGAGAGGUGUUAAAAGGAAUUUUUCUGUGAUUCACUCAUUGACUUCACACAGUGCACAGUUUGAUUUAACAGAAUCUGUGACAGCAUAUAACAAAGCAUGAUCGGGGUGGGGGGAUGACGUGUAAUUAAGGUGCCAAUUAGUUCAGACAAGCUGCUGUAUCCCCCCAUCCCAAAUUCACUCAUUACAACAUAUCACUCCGUCACUCACGCUUUCUGUAGGUUGGUUUGCUUUGCCGUGUGUUUUGUCUUUGCUUAUGGACAGCAGUUUAUUACACAGGUUGGUGCAAUAUCGUUCUUCAGAGAGUUUGUAAGAAUGCAGUGGCUCUUGCUUAAAGUGUCUCAGUAUUUUGAAGGAAUUCUGUAAUACAUUGUGACUUUUUAAGUGUCAGUCUGGUUCUGGGUCUUGGUUUAAGUCUUAAAGGGAUAGUUCACCCAAAAAUAAAACUUCUGUCAUCAUUUACUCAUCUUCGAGUUCAAAUCUGUGUACAUUUCUUUGUUCUGAUGAACAGAGAGAAUAAUAUUUGGAAGAAUGCUUAUAACCAAACAGUUGUUCUGUUGAACAGAAAAGAAGAUAUUUUGAAGACUCUCAAACAGUUCUGGGCACUUUUGACGACCAUUGUAAUUUUUCCUACUAUUGUAGUCAAUGGGGUCCUAGAACUGUUUGGUUACAAGCAUUGGUCCAAAUAUCUUUCUCUGUGGUCAUCAGAACAAAGUAAUUUAUACAGGUUUGGAACAACUGGAAAGUGAGUAAAAGGAACUAUCCCUUUAAGAUUGAGUCUCGGGUUUGGUUAUGAUCUGCACCCUUGAGGGUUUGAUCUUGACUGCUUAGCAAGUAUUGUGAUGUCAAGUCAAUUUCUUUACUUCAGAUGUAUGGUUAAUUUUUUUCUGAAAAUUCUCUCAAAUGAACAUGACUUCUUAUUAGUGUUCUAUCAUUUUUGUUUCAAUAAACCCAAUAUUUAAUAGGAUAUAAAGUCCAGAACCUAAUGAUUAGUCAAGCAUAUGCUCCAUACAGACCAGCUGUAUUUAAACCUGAAUGGUGUCUACCGCAUGCAAAAGAGAGACCGGUGCGUCUGUAUUUCAUUGUUUUAACAAAGAUUUGAAGAAAUUAAGGCAGGCGAUUUCUUCAUAAUUUGGCCCUAAGUUACUUGACUCGACUGAUGUUGAGGGGCAUUCAUUAUAUUCAAGUGAAGGUAUAUUUGAGCAUUUACACAUUAGGAAGUUUGUGAAUUCUCAGUUUUUUCUGAAAUAGCAUUAACUUCAAUAAGUCAUAAGCCAUAUUCAGACUGUAGUUGUUUUAUAUGGAGCUGUGAUCAUUAUUUACAGGUGCUAGUCUGUGAUUUUAUUGCUGGCUGAACUGAAAAUGUUGUCUCCCAGCACCGGGAGAAAAUUUCUGGCCAAGUUUUCUAUCAUUUUCUGGGUUGUGUGGUCAUUUUAGUCCAAAUCAUAAUCCAAGUUAACAAGGAAAACUGGCCUCUAAUUUGUGUAUUUUCAAUUUUUUUUGAACAAGUGCUGUAGGAUUGAUUCAAACUUUUCAAACUAUUCAGUAGGGCAUUAUAAUGAUAACGACAGGUUGAAUAUGGAUAACAUUGGAGAGGAUCAACAUCUGGAAUAUCUGGUGUUGGAAUAUGGUCAUGUGACCACAUGCAAUUUGUCCUUCUGGAUCUAAGUGCAUUCGUGUUAGUACAGGUGUCAUUUUGAUUUACAAUUACCAUUAGAGAAGUGUAGCAGAUAUAUUUGAAAAUACAACUUUGAGCAAGCUGGAUCUCAGAAUUAGACUUAACCCGUUCAUAGCAAGAAUGAUAACUGUAAAAAUAAUGUUUUAAAAAUCAUUCUAAAUAUAAUUGGUGUGGAUGCUAAUAUAGUUUUUGUUAGUUAUAAUUAUAUUGCAUUUAUAAUUGCAAUCAUUUAAUUAUUAAUUGUACGGCGGGUAAAAACAUUUACCUGUUCAAGAGGUAGAUGGCCUGAGAGAAGAAGGUUGUUUUGGUGCUCCGUGCUCUGUAGCGCCGACCAGACGGCAGCAUUGUGAAGAGAUGAUGGCUUGGAUGCGAGAGAUCCAGGGUGAUUUUCUCAUGUAUACAGUUCUUGGAGGGUGGGCAGGGUAGCACCAACGAUCUUCUCAGCAGUCCGAACCGUCCUCUGUAGUCUUCUGAUGUCUGACUUUGUGGCUGAGCCAAAGCAGACAGGGAUGGAUGUGCGGAGGACAGACUCCAUGACUGCUGAGUAAAACUGUUUUAAUAGAGUUUGUGGUAGGUUGAAUUUCUUCAGCUGAUGUAAGAAGUAACAUGGCAUCCCUUUUAACAUUGUCCGGUUUUAUGUGGCCCUCAUCUGUGUAGAAAGCUUUCAUCAUCUUUAUAUUAUAUGUAAAACACCUAUUUUUAUAUGAUUUACAAUAUUUUCUAAAUGUUUAUAUUUUGUAUUUCACUUUAAGAUUGUUGUUCCUUGCACGUCUUUCCUGAUACUCUGAAAUGAAGAAUCAAAGACAUGUAUAUUUGUUAAAAGGUUACCAAAGUAGAUCAAAAUGUAUCCGAGAACUUGUUUCAGACAUGGAGGGAUUAUCUUUGUGUCAACAGUGAAACAUUUCCAUCAGCUAAGACUGCAGGAGACAC